AUGCAAACAGUUGGACGGAGGGUGAAUAAAUGUGGCAGGAGCAUCGCUGAUCAGUGGCCGAUGGAGGCGGUGGGAUCUGGGCCUAACCUUUUGUCCAUGUCAGGACUAAAUAGACGCCGAUUAGGGCUGGCUGAACAGGUCUUCGAGAAACUGUUCACGUGUCGCUUGCAC